GCGCCUGGAACUAUCUCCUGAGUGCUGCAAGUUGUAGCGGGCACCGCUGAGUUCUUAUCUAGAAGCUGAUUUUAUUUGCUUCUAAAUUGAGCCGCUUUGCCCCCUUACUUUGUCCUGAAUAAGAAAGCAGCCGCACAUCAGCGAGCCCCAUGAGAGAGCGCCGCGGAGCUGCUUAGAGUCUCCCAGGACCCAGCUCCCGAGGAGCAGCAAGCAUGUACCCUGGGUUGUGGUUACUCCUGGUUUCCUUGUGCCUGAUGGAGGAACUGGCAGAAGCGAUUGAUUCCUAAGUAUUGGGAGCCUGGUCAAGAACCCCAAGUGCCUGUAUGCGAGGGAUGGCAAAAGGAUGAAAUAAGACACAGAGGCAAAUUUAGUAAUGCAUGAUGGGGAGCUGGAAAGUCAGUGCCAAAAGGGAGAGGAGUCUUAUGGAAAACCCUGUGGGGCCCAAGACUGCAGUCAAGGAUGUAAAUGCUCUCCUGAAAAGGGAACUAGAGGGAGACCAGGACCAAUUGGAAUUCAAGGUCCCACUGGUCGUGAAGGAUUUGUUGGACCUACUGGUUUAUCAGGGUUGAAAGGAGAAAAGGGAUUUCCAGGCCCUCCAGGUCCAUAUGGCACAAAAGGUGAUAAGGGUCCCAUGGGAGUUCCUGGCUUUCUUGGCAUUGAUGGGAUUCCGGGCUACCCUGGACAACCUGGCCCUCGAGGUCCACCUGGCUUGGAUGGUUAUAAUGGAACUAAAGGAGCUGUUGGAUUUCCAGGCCCUGAUGGCUACCCUGGGAUUCUUGGACCACCUGGGCCUCCUGGUCUGAAAGGUUCAAAAGGUGAACCCAUUUUUUCCCAUGACAAUUUCAUAGGAAUGAAGGGGAAUCCUGGAUUACCUGGACUAGAUGGAAUCAUGGGUCCACAGGGCCCACCUGGAACUCCUGGAGACAAAGGGCUCAUGGGAUCACCAGGAUUGCAAGGUCCUCCAGGCCCCCCUGGUUUUCCCGGUCCUGAUGGCAAUACGGGGUUAGGUUUCCAUGGAGAGAAAGGAGUUAAGGGGGAUGUUGGCCUCCCUGGCCCUGCAGGACCACCACCAUCUACUGGGGAACAAGAAUUCAUGGGAGUCCCCAAAGGGAAGAAGGGAUCCAAGGGUGAAUCAGGACCUCCUGGUCCCCCAGGCAUGACUGGCCCUCCAGGCUUCCAGGAAUUUGGAUCUAUUGGAGGAAAAGGAGAAAAAGGAAUCCUUGGUUUACCAGGGCCUAGGGGUCCUAUGGGUUCAGAGGGAGUGCCAGGCCCUCCAGGAACAAAGGGCAAGAAGGGGUCUCCAGGUAUUUCUGGGUUCAAUGGACUCCCAGGAAUUAAGGGUGAAAAGGGUGCCAGUGGCCUGCCAGGUCCAGAUGUUUUCACCAGUGCUGAUGGUGCUAUGAUCUCAGGUUAUCCUGGAGAUCCUGGUAUGCCAGGACCCCCGGGCAUUAAAGGAGAUGAAGGCAUUCACGGCCAACGUGGCCUUUCUGGCAUCCCUGGCCUUCCAGCUUUGCCAGGUGUGCCUGGUGUGAUAGGGCCUCAGGGACUUCCCGGUCUGAAGGGGGACCAAGGAAACCCUGGCCAUACCACAAUUGGAGGAGCCGGCCUUCCUGGCAGACUUGGUUUGCCAGGCCUACCAGGUCUACCAGGCCCACCAGGUCCACCAUCUAAGACUGGAACUCUAAAUGGCACAGGGACAGGGUUCCCUGGUCUCCGAGGAGAACAAGGUCUAAAAGGAAAUCCAGGCCGCAAAGGAGUAAAAGGGGACUUGGGUUUUUGCACUUGUGAUGGUGGUGUCACCAACACUGGACCACGCGGGGAACCGGGCCUGCCUGGGCCACAAGGUGUCAGAGGUUUUCCAGGUCUUAAAGGAACCAGAGGAGAUCCAGGCUCUGAAGGUGCACAGGGCCCAGCAGGGUCUCCAGGUUCAUUUGGACCUCAAGGCCUUCCAGGUGUUAAAGGAAAGAAGGGUGAACCAACAUUCAGUAUGGAAUCAGGGAUGCCAGGGGAGAAAGGUGAUCGUGGCCUCCAAGGUUUCCCUGGAAUAAAAGGAGCCCCAGGAAAAGAUGGAAUAUCAGGUUUACCGGGUCUGCCAGGUCUUCAAGGUGAUGGUGGAAAGGGAUUCCCAGGAGAAAAGGGACUACCAGGACUUCCUGGUGGAAAAGGUCAUUCUGGUCCAACUGGUCCUCCAGGAAUUGGGUUGCCAGGACUUCCUGGACCUCAAGGUCCCCCAGGAGAGAAAGGAAUAGAUGGGUUUCCAGGUCAACAAGGUCUCCGUGGAUCUCCAGGAAUCACCUUGCCUUGUAUUAUUCCUGGGUCAUAUGGUCCAUCAGGAUUACCAGGAAUUCCCGGAUUACCAGGCCCUAAAGGGGUCCGUGGCCUCCCUGGGACUCCAGGCCAGCCUGGUUCUCAUGGAAACAAAGGAGAACCUGGAAGUUCAGGAUUACUACAUCUCCCUGAACUGCCAGGGUUUUCUGGACCACGUGGGGAGAAAGGCUUGCCAGGAUUUCCUGGGCUUGCUGGAAAAGACGGUUUGGCUGGAAAGGCUGGCAGUCCAGGUUUACCAGGUUCCAAAGGAGCCCCUGGUGACAUCCUUGCUGCUGAAAAUGGUGCUUCAGGGGCUCAAGGCCUCCAGGGAUUGCCAGGGGACAGAGGAGUUCCUGGAGACUCUGGCCCUCCAGGACCCAAGGGUUUACACGGGCAACCUGGCUUGCUAGGCCCAAAGGGUGAUCAGGGCAUCCCUGGAACACCAGGACAAGUAGGACAGCCAGGCCCCCCAGGGUCUAGUGGUCUGCACGGCAUCAAAGGCAAAUCGGGGCUCCUAGGAGCACCAGGCCUUCCAGGCAUUUCAGGAUAUCCUGGAAAAAAAGGACAGAAAGGCGAGAAAGGCCUCCCUGGGUCAACUAGAAAAAGAGGUCUACCUGGGAUGAAAGGCCUUCCUGGAUCCCUUGGGCUAACUGGCUUCCUGGGGAGUCCAGGCUUGCCAGGGGUUACUGGGUUUCCAGGCCCUCCAGGUCCAAAGGGUGACAAGGGGUCCAUUGGACUAAUAGGUUUUCCAGGAUUACAAGGUCUCCCUGGUUUUCCUGGUGCAAUUGGAUUAAAGGGAAUUCUUGGGCUAGCUGGAAAAGUGGGAACCUCUGGACCAGCUGGAAGUGCUGGUGAAAAGGGAGACAGAGGUGAUCCAGGCCCAGUUGGAGAACCCAGUCCAAGACCUCCAAUGCUGAGUCUAUGGUUCAAAGGAGACAAAGGCUCUCAGGGAUCAGCUGGAUUGGAUGGAUUUCCUGGGCCCAAAGGUGACAAAGGAGAGGCUGGCCGUCCAGGGUCACCAGGCCUGCCUGGAGCUCCUGGCUUGCCCAGCACCAUCAAAGGGCUUAAUGGGAUGCCAGGUCCCCCUGGCUCUAUGGGACUUCUGGGCUCACCUGGCCUGAAGGGCUCCUCAGGAAUUACAGGUUUUCCAGGAAUGCCAGGAGAACAUGGUUCACAGGGUCUCGCUGGGGUUCCUGGACUCCCAGGAGCAUCUGGUCUCCCAGGCUCAAAAGGAGAUCAGGGCCACACACUUGAAAUUUCUGGUAGCCGUGGACCCAAGGGACAACCUGGUGAACCAGGUAUUAAAGGUGUGAAAGGAAAAGAUGGACCAGUUGGUGAUAUUGGUUUUCCAGGAAACAAAGGUGAAGAUGGUAAAGAUGGUAUUUCUGGAGAUGUUGGCCUUCCUGGCUCCCCAGGACUUCCAGGGACUACAGGUAUCAGUGGAGACCCAGGAUUUCCAGGUUCCUCUGGUCAUUCAGGGUCCCUUGGGCCCCUGGGACCCUCUGGGUUAAUCGGACCUAAAGGAUUUUCUGGACCUCCUGGUUUACAUGGACUGAAUGGACUUCCAGGAACCAAGGGUACCCGUGGCACUCCAGGAGCCAGUAUCACAGGUGUGCCUGGGCCUGCAGGCCUUCCUGGUCUCAAAGGGGAAAAGGGAUUACCAGGAACUGUCACUGGUGCUCCAGGGAAAUCAGGUCCAAAAGGACAAAAAGGUGGCCGAGGUUUCCCAGGUCUCCAAGGCCCUGCUGGCCCCCCCGGUGCCCAAGGCAUCUCCUUGCCCUCAAUCAUAGCGGGACAGCCUGGUCAGCCUGGGCAACAAGGCCUAGAUGGAGAACGAGGCCGCCCAGGCAAGCAAGGGUCCCCAGGGCCCCCUGGGCCAUCCUCAGAUCAAGGCGACCCUGGAGACCCCGGAUUCCCCGGAAUUCCUGGCCUUCAAGGGCCAAAAGGAGACCAAGGAAUCCCAGGUUUUUCUGGCCUCCCUGGAGAGCUAGGACUAAAAGGCAUGAAAGGUGAGGCUGGCUUCAUGGGAACUCCAGGGAAAGUUGGGCCACCUGGAGACCCAGGAUUACCAGGGAUGAAGGGGAAGGCAGGGCCACGAGGCUCUCCAGGCCUUCAAGGUGCUCCUGGGAAAACACCAGUUGUGGAAGCUAUCCACGUUCCUCCUGGACCCUUGGGUCUACCAGGCAUCAAUGGCAUUCCAGGUCUUUCAGGAGACCCCGGGCCACAAGGCCCUGUUGGCCCACAAGGUUCCAAAGGUUUACCUGGGAUCCCUGGCAAGGAUGGUCUCAGUGGGCUUCCAGGCCCACCUGGGGCUCUUGGCGAUCCUGGUCUUCCUGGACUUCAAGGUCCCCCAGGAUUUGAAGGAGCACCAGGGAAGUCGGGCCCCUCUGGGAGCCCUGGGAGGCCUGGACACAGUGUGAGAGUGGGCUACACAUUGGUGAAGCACAGCCAGUCAGAACAGGUGCCUCUAUGCCCCAUCGGGAUGAACCAGCUGUGGGUAGGUUACAGCCUGCUGUUCGUGGAGGGCCAGGAGAAAGCCCACAACCAAGACCUGGGGUUUGCUGGUUCCUGCUUGCCCCACUUCAGCACCAUGCCUUUCAUUUACUGCAACAUCAAUGAAGUGUGCCACUAUGCCCGACGCAAUGAUAAGUCCUAUUGGCUUUCCACUACUGCCCCCAUUCCCAUGAUGCCUGUCAGCCAGACCCAGAUUCCCCAGUACAUCAGCCGCUGCUCCGUGUGUGAGGCGCCAUCGCAAGCCAUUGCUGUACACAGCCAGGAUAUCACCAUACCACAGUGCCCUCUGGGCUGGCGAAGCCUCUGGAUUGGGUACUCAUUCCUCAUGCACACUGCCACUGGGGCCGAGGGUGGAGGCCAGUCCUUGGUUUCCCCAGGCUCCUGCCUUGAGGAUUUCCGGGCCACUCCUUUCAUCGAGUGCAGUGGUGCCCGAGGCAGCUGCCACUACUUUGCCAACAAGUACAGCUUCUGGCUGACCACCGUGGAGGAGAGGCAGCAGUUUAGGGAGGAAUCUGUGUCGGAAACAUUGAAAGCUGGGCAGCUCCAUACCCGGGUUAGCCGCUGCCAGGUGUGUAUGAAAAACCUGUAAGGUGGCACCUACCACUUUGCCCUUUGUCUUCCCCACCCCUCACAAUGGUCCCCCCUCAAGUCUCAACAGUUGGAAGAAGGCCCAAGCUUUUUUGGCUAUCUGUCAAGUUAUACAUUGGAGUUUCAUUUGGGCUGGACUGCUGGACACUGGUCACCUCAACCCUCAGGCCAUUAGAUGAUCCCACCCUGUGAGAGCUAUUGUCCCAAUGUCAUCAACCUGGUACUACUGUUCCAUUUGGGUGUUUGCAUGUCUAUUCAUGGUACCUCAGAUUUGCUGGACCGCCACUUUUUUAAGACUGCUAGGUGCCUCACUAUCUUGAUCAGAAAUCUCUUCAUAAUAGCUAGGACUAUUAAAGUCAUUUUGCUAUGUCUAGAAGUUACCACAUAUUAUUUGGCUUAAGCCAGAAGCCAGUGUUUCUACAUUUUAAAAAAGUUACCUAUCUGAACAUUCACAGAUGGCUCAAGUGUGCAAAGUGCAAGUCCUCACUAUUUCAAGAGGCCCACUGUGUCUAGGAGGGCAACAGAACUGGAAGAAAAUGCCAGCCAGUAGCCUAGGGUGAGCCAUACCUCCUUCCAAAGUGUGCAAGACUGGGUCCCUCAUUGCUUAGGAAGGCUUGAUGGCCAAUAGCCCCUUAAUUUCAUAUGGUCUUAGACAAAUCACUUCCUCCUCAUUGGCUCAGUCUUCUGAGCCAGAAGACUUUGCUUGAACCACAGGAGAACAGAAAACACAAUAAAUGUGGCCCGGGUCAUAAAAGGAAAGGGGAAUGACAGCCCUUUCUUGUGGGUCAUGGGUAGAGGAGUAGAUGAGUAAGGAAGUGUGAGUUUUGAUUUUGACUCAAAGAAUAAAAAGGUAAACCUCAUUUACUUUAGCUCAAUUUCUCAGAAGUCUGUUUAUUCUAAAUACCAUCCAGAUGUAUUCCAUGUGGUAAAAUGAAGUGGUGUGUUGGUUUUUUGUAUUCUGAGGCUGAGGCUUUCCAUUGAAAUAGUCAUCCAACUGCUUUUUCACAGGUGUCCUUUUAAACUAUUUUAAUAUGCUUUCAAAAACUCAUAAAAUUUAGCACACUUCUCUCAUCAACCAUCAGUAGCAAGCCUGAGUUGGUUAUAAAAUGGAUUCUGUUUGCAGGAUUUGUUUCAGCCAUUUUCUCAAAUCACCAGUUUCACAAGACACUUUUAGCUAUGUUGACAUGAGGCAAUUCCUUCCAGGUAAUUCUGCUUCUUUAAGUAUUAUGUAAACUGUACAAACACACAUGAAGCACAAUCAGUAUAAGCUGAACUACUGUAAACUUCACUUCCUGAGUAAUAAGCAUGGUGUCAACUUUGUACAUACCAAAUAAAAUGAAUAAAAUAUGAA